AUGUCGGCGGAUCCCGACUGGAUGAAGAAGAUGACAGCCUGGGUUUGGAUUAGUUUGGCGACUCUAGCCUUGUUCGCCAUGGCAGAGGAACCGUGCUGGGAUGCAGGCGGAACUUUGUCCGACCCACUGACGCUGUUCUCGGAUUCCGAGUCGCUCGUGGAGAAACGUAGCGGUGGAGGCUUUCUACCGGUGCCGGUCUGGAAGUUUCUCGAAGUUUCAGAUGGUGCAGACUCCUCGGACUUUAACCGGCCACAGUUUCGCUGCGGCAACACGUCCCUAUAUCUUCGCUUCUCGCAGGUCCGACACUCUGACCUUCGUCUGCAAGAUGGGAGGAGCUUAUUGUUACUGCUGGACAGAUGUCAUGGUUCUGUUUGGAUAUUCGGGCCUUGGCUGCUGUUGGAGUUCCCUUACACCAGCUGCCACAUAGCAUUAAAGAUUUCAAAUGGAAAGUGGAUUAGACAGAUGGAAGUAAGCUACUUUGACUACCUACAGCAAACCAGUGUGAUGACUGUGAUCAACUGUGAGCAUCCUGCCUUGUCUCAGUGUGGGGCAACACCAGCAGUGAGUUGCAGCUUAACAAAUUUCACAGUGAAACUGCCCCUUGGAGCAAGAUUGCAGAGGGUCAAGGCUCUGGGUAAAGAUGCAGUGCUGAGAACACUCAAAACAACUCCUGAAGCAGUAUUUGUGCAGAUAUCAACACAAAAUGACACAGAUUCCAUCCUUGAGAUUAUAUUUUCGGACUCAGCUGGUGAGAUAUCUACAAUCCUGGCAACUUGUACAGUUAAAGGAAGUAAGCGGGAUCGUCACCCAAGAGGUCUUGGUGACUUAAAUAUGGCUAAUUAUCCAUACAGCCCAGAACUCUCAGAGCUAAUAGAAGCAAGAGAUAAAACUGAAAUAAUAGAGACGGAGACAGAGACUUCAUGCAAUGAAGACAAAACAGAGGUGACAUAUAGUGACUCAGAAUCCAUCAACAGUCCUGAUGGGCCAGAUAAAAGUGCCACUGCUGUUUGUGAUGGUGCAGAGAAGCAGGAUGACCUGCCUUGCUGUGAACAAUUAGAUGACUUGCCUUGCUGCGAACCAUUAGAUGACCUGCCAUGUUGCAACCCUUCAGAGGAAGAUUUGUCCUGUAGUAACCAUGAAGAUGAAGACCCACCCAAUAGCCAACUGACAACAGGGGUCUACCAUGGGCCCCUCCCAGGAUUUAGCACCAACCAAUAUUUUUCACAUGGUCAAUCCAUAGUAAGCAGUAACCAAUCCACUUCAAGUGAUAGCCACAGUGAGGGCCACCCAUCCAAAGGGCAGACCGAGGCCCGCCCCUCCAAAGGGCACGGUGGCAGCCGCCAUGAAGGCCUCCCCUCCAAAGGGCAGACCGAGGCUCGCCCCUCCAAAGGUGAGAGCAGUGGCGAGGGCCGCCCCUCCAAAGGGCAUGGUGGCGGCCGCCAUGAAGGCCGCCCCUCCAAAGGGCAUGGUGAUGAGAGCAGUGGUGAGGGCCGCCCCUCCAAAGGGCAUGCCGAGGCCCGCCCCUCCAAAGGAGGCGAGGGCAGUGGUGAGGGCCGCCCCUCCAAAGGGCAUGGUGGCAGCCGCCAUGAAGGCCUCCCCUCCAAAGGUGGUGAGGGCAGUGGCGAGGGCCACCCCUCCAAAGGGCAUGGUGGCGAGGGCCGCCCCUCCAAAGGUGGCGAGGGCAGUGGUGAGGGCCGCCCCUCCAAAGGGAAUGGUGGCGGCCGCCAAGAAGGCCUCCCCUCCAAAGGUGGUGAGGGCAGUGGCGAGGGCCGCCCCUCCAAAGGGCAUGGUGGCGAGGGCCGCCCCUCCAAAGGGCAUGGUGGCGAGGGCCGCCCCUCCAAAGGGCAUGGUGGCGAGGGCCGCCCCUCCAAAGGGCACGGUGGCGGCCGCCAUGAAGGCCACCCCUCCAAAGGCCACGGUGGCGAGGGCAGUGGUGAGGGCCGCCCCUCCAAAGGUGAUGAGAGCAGUGGUGAGGGCCGCCCCUCCAAAGGGCAUGGUGGCAAGGGCAGCGGUGAGGGCAGCCCCUCUAAAGGGCACACAAAGGGCUGCCCCUCCAAAGGUGGUGAGGGUGAUCCACCUGGCAGCCAACCAUCUAACCAGUCCCAGUCACUCAGUUCACACAUACUGUUCACAGGGAGUGUUACCAAAACUACUUCAGGUGGCCCACCUUUGUCAGUAAACCAGUCCAUAUCAGAACAUGGGCACCCAUCCAAGGAUGGUGAGGGCAGCAGCAGCAUGUGGCAUCAUGACAGCCACCCCUCCAAAGAGCACAAAGAGGACCAUCCAAAUUGCAGCCAUCCUUUACCUGACCAGUCCCAGUCAAUCAGCUCACAUGUACCCUUCAUAGGAAGCGGUGGCAAAACUUCAGGUGGCCCACCUUUCUUAGUAGGUCAGACCACAUCAGACCAUGGGAGCCACCCCUCCAAAGGUAGUGGUGGCAGUAGUGAGGACACUCCCUCCAAAGGUGGCAUGGUCAGUCAUUCUGUGGGUCGUCCACCUGGCAGCCAACCUUCAUCAGGUGGCCCACCUUUGUUAGGUGGCCAGCUGACAUCAGGCCAUGGGAGCCACCCAUCCAAAGGGAACAAUGAGGGCAGUGGUCAGGGUCAUCUUUCCAAAGGUAGUGAGACCAGUCUUCCUGCCAGCCAGCCUUCAUCUGUUCAGUCCCAGUCACUUAGCUCGCAUGUACCUGUCACUGGAAACAGUAGUAAAAUUUUAUCAGUUGGUUCACCUUUCUUAGGUGGUCAGCCCACAUCAGACUAUGGAGGCCAUCCCUCCAAAGGAGGCAAAGGCAGUGCUGAAGGCCACCCCUCCAAAGGGCACAAGGGUCUCCCUUCCAAAGGUAAUGAGACCAGUCUUCCUGGCAGCCAGCCUUCAUCUGUUCAGUCCCAGUCUCUUGUCUCACAUGUUUCUCUCACUGGGAGUGGUAGUAAAAUUUCAUCAGGUGGCCCACCUUUCUUAGGUGGUGAGCCUACAUCAGACCAUGGUGGCAAACCCUCCAAAGGUAGCAAGGUCAGUGGUCAGGGUCAUCCUUCCAAAAGUAAUGAAACCAGUCUUACUGGCAGCCAACAGUCAUCUGUUCAGUCACUCAGCUUACAUGUUCCUGUCUCUGGGAGCGGUAGCAAAAUUUCAUCAGGUGGCCCACCUUUCUUAGGUGGUAAGCCUACAUCAGACCAUGGUGGCAAACCCUCCAAAGGUAGCAAGGUCAGUGGUCAGGAUCAUCCUUCCAAAGGUAGCGAGGUCAGUGGUCAGGGUCAUCCCUCCAAAGGCAGCGAGGGCCGUGGUCAGGGUCAUCCUUCCAAAAGUAAUGAAACCAGUCUUACUGGCAGCCAACAGUCAUCUGUUCAGUCACUCAGCUUACAUGUUCCUGUCUCUGGGAGCAGUAGCAAAAUUUCAUCAGGUGGCCCACCUUUCUUAGGUGGUGAGCCUACAUCAGAUCAUGGUGGCAAACCCUCCGAAGGUGGCAAGGUCAGUGGUCAGGGUCAUCCCUCCAAAGGUAGCGAGGGCCGUGGUCAGGGUCAUCCCUCCAAAGGGCAUGAGGGCCGUGGUCAGGGUCAUCCCUCCAAAGGGCAUGAGGGCCGUGGUCAGGGUCAUCCCUCCAAAGGGCAUGAGGGCCGUGGUCAGGGUCAUCCCUCCAAAGGGCGUGAGGGCCGUGGUCAGGGGCAUCCCUCCAAAGGGCAUGAGGGCCGUCAUGAGGGGCAUCCUUCCAAAAGUAAUGAAACCAGUCUUACUGGCAGCCAACAGUCAUCUGUUCAGUCACUCAGCUUACAUGUUCCUGUCUCUGGGAGUGGUAGCAAAAUUUCAUCAGGUGGCCCACCUUUCUUAGGUGGUGAGCCUACAUCAGAUCAUGGUGGCAAACCCUCCGAAGGUGGCAAGGUCAGUGGUCAGGGUCAUCCCUCCAAAGGUAGCGAAGGCCGUGGUCAGGGUCAUCCCUCCAAAGGUAGCGAGGGCCGUGGUCAGGGUCAUCCCUCCAAAGGUAGCGAGGGCCGUGGUCAGGGUCAUCCCUCCAAAGGGCAUGAGGGCCGUCAUGAGGGGCAUCCUUCCAAAGGUAGCGAGGGCCGUGGUCAAGGUCAUCCUUCCAAAAGUAAUGAAACCAGUCUUACUGGCAGCCAACAGUCAUCUGUUCAGUCACUCAGCUUACAUGUUCCUGUCUCUGGGAGUGGUAGCAAAAUUUCAUCAGGUGGCCCACCUUUCUUAGGUGGUGAGCCUACAUCAGAUCAUGGUGGCAAACCCUCCGAAGGUGGCAAGGUCAGUGGUCAGGGUCAUCCCUCCAAAGGUAGCGAAGGCCGUGGUCAGGGUCAUCCCUCCAAAGGUAGCGAGGGCCGUGGUCAGGGUCAUCCCUCCAAAGGUAGCGAGGGCCGUGGUCAGGGUCAUCCCUCCAAAGGUAGCGAGGGCCGUGGUCAGGGUCAUCCCUCCAAAGGUAGCGAGGGCCGUGGUCAGGGUCAUCCCUCCAAAGGGCAUGAGGGCCGUCAUGAGGGGCAUCCUUCCAAAGGUAGCGAGGGCCGUGGUCAAGGUCAUCCUUCCAAAAGUAAUGAAACCAGUCUUACUGGCAGCCAACAGUCAUCUGUUCAGUCACUCAGCUUACAUGUUCCUGUCUCUGGGAGUGGUAGCAAAAUUUCAUCAGGUGGCCCACCUUUCUUAGGUGGUGAGCCUACAUCAGAUCAUGGUGGCAAACCCUCCGAAGGUGGCAAGGUCAGUGGUCAGGGUCAUCCCUCCAAAGGUAGCGAAGGCCGUGGUCAGGGUCAUCCCUCCAAAGGUAGCGAGGGCCGUGGUCAGGGUCAUCCCUCCAAAGGUAGCGAGGGCCGUGGUCAGGGUCAUCCCUCCAAAGGGCAUGAGGGCCGUCAUGAGGGGCAUCCUUCCAAAGGUAGCGAGGGCCGUGGUCAAGGUCAUCCUUCCAAAAGUAAUGAAACCAGUCUUACUGGCAGCCAACAGUCAUCUGUUCAGUCACUCAGCUUACAUGUUCCUGUCUCUGGGAGUGGUAGCAAAAUUUCAUCAGGUGGCCCACCUUUCUUAGGUGGUGAGCCUACAUCAGAUCAUGGUGGCAAACCCUCCGAAGGUGGCAAGGUCAGUGGUCAGGGUCAUCCCUCCAAAGGUAGCGAAGGCCGUGGUCAGGGUCAUCCCUCCAAAGGUAGCGAGGGCCGUGGUCAGGGUCAUCCCUCCAAAGGUAGCGAGGGCCGUGGUCAGGGUCAUCCCUCCAAAGGUAGCGAGGGCCGUGGUCAGGGUCAUCCCUCCAAAGGUAGCGAGGGCCGUGGUCAGGGUCAUCCCUCCAAAGGGCAUGAGGGCCGUCAUGAGGGGCAUCCUUCCAAAGGUAGCGAGGGCCGUGGUCAAGGUCAUCCUUCCAAAAGUAAUGAAACCAGUCUUACUGGCAGCCAACAGUCAUCUGUUCAGUCACUCAGCUUACAUGUUCCUGUCUCUGGGAGUGGUAGCAAAAUUUCAUCAGGUGGCCCACCUUUCUUAGGUGGUGAGCCUACAUCAGAUCAUGGUGGCAAACCCUCCGAAGGUGGCAAGGUCAGUGGUCAGGGUCAUCCCUCCAAAGGUAGCGAAGGCCGUGGUCAGGGUCAUCCCUCCAAAGGUAGCGAGGGCCGUGGUCAGGGUCAUCCCUCCAAAGGUAGCGAGGGCCGUGGUCAGGGUCAUCCCUCCAAAGGGCAUGAGGGCCGUCAUGAGGGGCAUCCUUCCAAAGGUAGCGAGGGCCGUGGUCAAGGUCAUCCUUCCAAAAGUAAUGAAACCAGUCUUACUGGCAGCCAACAGUCAUCUGUUCAGUCACUCAGCUUACAUGUUCCUGUCUCUGGGAGUGGUAGCAAAAUUUCAUCAGGUGGCCCACCUUUCUUAGGUGGUGAGCCUACAUCAGAUCAUGGUGGCAAACCCUCCGAAGGUGGCAAGGUCAGUGGUCAGGGUCAUCCCUCCAAAGGUAGCGAAGGCCGUGGUCAGGGUCAUCCCUCCAAAGGUAGCGAGGGCCGUGGUCAGGGUCAUCCCUCCAAAGGUAGCGAGGGCCGUGGUCAGGGUCAUCCCUCCAAAGGUAGCGAGGGCCGUGGUCAGGGUCAUCCCUCCAAAGGGCAUGAGGGCCGUCAUGAGGGGCAUCCUUCCAAAGGUAGCGAGGGCCGUGGUCAAGGUCAUCCUUCCAAAAGUAAUGAAACCAGUCUUACUGGCAGCCAACAGUCAUCUGUUCAGUCACUCAGCUUACAUGUUCCUGUCUCUGGGAGUGGUAGCAAAAUUUCAUCAGGUGGCCCACCUUUUUUAGGUGGUGAGCCUACAUCAGAUCAUGGUGGCAAACCCUCCGAAGGUGGCAAGGUCAGUGGUCAGGGUCAUCCCUCCAAAGGUAGCGAGGGCCGUGGUCAGGGUCAUCCCUCCAAAGGUAGCGAGGGCCGUGGUCAGGGUCAUCCCUCCAAAGGGCAUGAGGGCCGUCAUGAGGGGCAUCCUUCCAAAAGUAAUGAAACCAGUCUUACUGGCAGCCAACAGUCAUCUGUUCAGUCACUCAGCUUACAUGUUCCUGUCUCUGGGAGUGGUAGCAAAAUUUCAUCAGGUGGCCCACCUUUCUUAGGUGGUGAGCCUACAUCAGAUCAUGGUGGCAAACCCUCCGAAGGUGGCAAGGUCAGUGGUCAGGGUCAUCCCUCCAAAGGUAGCGAAGGCCGUGGUCAGGGUCAUCCCUCCAAAGGUAGCGAGGGCCGUGGUCAGGGUCAUCCCUCCAAAGGUAGCGAGGGCCGUGGUCAGGGUCAUCCCUCCAAAGGGCAUGAGGGCCGUCAUGAGGGGCAUCCUUCCAAAGGUAGCGAGGGCCGUGGUCAAGGUCAUCCUUCCAAAAGUAAUGAAACCAGUCUUACUGGCAGCCAACAGUCAUCUGUUCAGUCACUCAGCUUACAUGUUCCUGUCUCUGGGAGUGGUAGCAAAAUUUCAACAGGUGGCCCACCUUUCUUAGGUGGUGAGCCUACAUCAGAUCAUGGUGGCAAACCCUCCGAAGGUGGCAAGGUAGCGAGGGCCGUGGUCAGGGUCAUCCCUCCAAAGGUAGCGAGGGCCGUGGUCAGGGUCAUCCCUCCAAAGGUAGCGAGGGCCGUGGUCAGGGUCAUCCCUCCAAAGGGCAUGAGGGCCGUCAUGAGGGGCAUCCUUCCAAAGGUAGCGAGGGCCGUGGUCAAGGUCAUCCUUCAAAAGUAA